AUGUGCCGAAACGGUCGGUGCGUGGUGUGGUUCGUGCUGGCAACGUUCGUGCUUUCGUGCAACGCCCUGGAGCAGACGCGGGCCAGCGGACGAAAGCUACAGGCCGGUGUCACGGCCAUGGACUACAACCAUCUGUUCGGCCGGGGCUCGGCCGUCGCCGACGAGCUGGCUGGGGAAAGCGUAAAAUUCAGUGCCAGCAAACAGCACGUGCUCGAUCUGCAUCACUCGCUGCGGAAGGUUGUCGACGCUACGAGCGCCGGUAAUUGGCGGCCCCGGAAACCGCUGCCCAAGCCCAAGCUGUCGGCCAGCAGCCGGAGCCGCAUCAACAAUCGGUCAAUGACUCGGUUCUCGGAGGUCGAGAUUCCGGCCGGAAUGCAGCAGAUAGAUGCUCCGCCGCCGCCGCCGCCACCGCCGCCACCGGCGAAGCAGCCUCCGGUGCAGAAGCGGACGACCAACGUUACGGGGCUGGCGGAGCUUUUCCAGAGUGCCGAAAAAUCCCGUGGUAUCGAGAACUUUUUCUGGAAGUACUUCGUCGACAGCGACGUCUCCGCCUCUAUCGAAGACGACGACGACGACGGCACGACGGAUGUGUUAGAUGCGGAAGGCAACAUGCUGUACGAGGAUGGAGGGCUGGACCUUAGCGCCGAGGCGCGGAAGAAGAAGUUUCAGAUCAAGAAGAAGUACAAAAAGUUUCUGAUCCCAUUGUUGCUGGCGUACAAAAUAAAGUUCCUAGCGCUGGUGCCGGCGAUCAUCGGCGGCCUGAUACUGCUGGUGAAGUCGGCCGGCCUGGCAGGCUUUUUCUUUGCGCUCUUCACGGCCGUCGUCAGCCUCAAGAAGUACUAA